CAUCGCUUUCGUAACAACAAUCAUCCGCCCAUAGACAAUCAACAAACUGAAAUGAAAAUGUCCGUCGUAAAAGAAACGUUUUUAUUUUACUUUGUGACUGUGCAGUGAUUGUGGAUAGAUAUGUGAAAUAUUUUAUAGUAUUUACUUUCUUUAAAGUGUACACUAUUAAAAUAAAAUGAUUGUCCAAGAACCUAUACAGGUUAUUGUUUGGGAUUGUCUCAACAAUUAUGAAUAUGACAAUGCUAUAUUCUUGGCAGAGAGAUUACACGCUGAAGUGGCUUCCGAAGAGACAGCAUUUUUAUUAGGCACUUGUUACUACAGAGCUGGACGUGUUAAUGAAACUCAACAUUUAUUACAAAAUACAUCACUCACUUUACCACAAGCAAGGUUUCUUUUAGCAAAAUGCUCAGUCGAACUUAAAUCUUACAAAGAUGCUGAAAUUGCAUUAGGAACAAAUUUAGAUAUUGUAGCCUCUGAAUUUGGAGAACAAGCACCAUAUGCAUUGCAACUUCUGGCCAAAAUUUAUAACAUCACAGAGAGGAGAAGUAAAGCUUCUGAGGCACUUCGGAAAGCAUUGUCUUUAAAUCCAUUUAUGUGGAAAUCUUUUGCACUUCUAUGCAACAUGGGGGAGAAAGUAGACCCCCAUAUUGUAUUCCAAAUAAAUAACACUGAAUUUACAUUUGGUGUUUCAACAUUAGUGAAUCUAGUCAGCAAUUCUGAGAAUAUUUCAUUUGUUAAUAGUAACAUUCCUAAUAAUACUAAUAUGAAUGCUAAUGUAACACCAAAUAAUGUUGCUUCUCGAACUCCCAUGUCUAUGUCGACGAGCAUCACCCCAGAGAUACAAGCUCCUGUUAAACGUAUGCAUAGUGUAUUUAGUGGUAUGGCACCAAUACCUUUCUCACCAUCAUUUGGUAUGCUGCCUAUGGAAGAAUCUCCAGUAUUAUAUACACCAACCUUAACAGAUUCAAAUGAACAGAAAGCUUUACCGAAAAUAGUUAACUCUUUAAGAGCACAUGUUGGUCAACUAAAAGAUGCAGUGUUCAGUCCAGGACCUAGAUGUACACUUGGCCCUGCUCCGAGAAGAUCUUCACGGUUGUUCAGUAAUAACAAUAGUAGUUAUUCAGUUAAAGAAAAUAAUAAAUCACCUAGUCGGAAAUUUGUAGCUCCUAAAAGCCCUUCGAGAAAAAAUAAACAGCGUACAGCCAAAAAUAUGAAAACAAAUUCUGACACUAACGAAAGGAAUAAAAGUAUAGAAGUUACACCUACAAUACCACCAAAGAACACUAAUGGUGUAGCUUUGUUACACCUACUAAAGGAACUAGGAGAGGCUUAUAAAUCACUGUCAUUUUUAGAUUGUAAAAAUGCUAUUAAACUAUUUCAAGAAAUUCCACCAAAACAGCAAGCAUCUCCAUGGGUACAGACUAUGAUAGCUCGAGCUCAUUACGAACUAGCACAAUAUGAGGCUGCAGCUAAAAUCUUUUCAGAAAUUAGAAAACAAUAUCCGAAUCGUACAGAAGGCAUGGACAUUUACAGUACAUGUCUCUGGCAUCUCCAGCGUGAAGCACAGUUAUCAGCAUUAGCACAAGAAUUGGUAGAACUUAAUAGAAAUGACUCUAUAUCCUGGUUAGCAGCAGGCAAUUGCUUUUCCUUACAUAAAGAACGUGAAACUGCUCUGAAAUUUUUCAAAAGAGCUGUCCAAAUAGACCCUGAUGCUGCUUAUGCCCAUGCUCUGUUAGGCCAUGAGUAUGCUGUGGCAGAAGAAACUGAUAAAGCCCUCUCUAGUUUUCGAACUGCAGUUAGUAUUGACCCGCGCAAUUACGUCGCGUGGUUCGGUAUAGCGACAGUUUAUGCACGUCAAGAACGUUGGAAAGCAUCAGAAGUUCAUAUACGUCGAGCUUUAGCUAUUCAUCCCCACUCAGGUGUUUUACGUUGCCAACUUGGUUUAGCUCAGGCAGCUUUAGGUAAAAUGGAUCGUGCAAUAGCAACUCUCGAAAGAGCUGUCUCAUUAGAUACGGAGAAUCCUUUAUGCCGCUUUCAUAGAGCCUCAGUCUUGUUGCGUGCUGGAAGACCUCAAGAUGCUUUGGCUGAUUUGCACCAUUUAAAGGAUAUUGCUCCGAGGGAAUCCUUAGUGUACUAUUUACUUGGUAAAGUUCAUAAUAAAUUGGGUAAUUCUCAUUUAGCUUUAAUGCAUUUCAGCUGGGCCACAGAUUUAGAUCCGAAAGGUACAGGUGGACAUAUAAAAGAAGGUUUUGACCCAUCAAAACAAGAAGAUGCCCCUGAAAGACCAUCUUAAACAUAAUCUGACUACUGCAAAAUGAACUUUAUUGAUUCGUCUACAUUGGUGGGUGUUGUAGUCAUACAUGACUGAUAUCUCUUGUAAAUAAGGCGCUCACCUUUCGAACUCCGAAUUGACACCAAAUCUUCCAAACCUAGCUUUAUGGAGAUCGACUGGUGUGUGACGCAUUUAGUUGCUGUAGUAGUAAGAGCGUAUGUGGACUUGUUUAUAUAGAGUAAGUUGUGGAUAUUCCUAAAGUUAUCCUAGUUUAUUAUGUAAUAUCUUGUAUAGAAAAUAAUCCCUAGAAUAUAACUAAACAAACAUGCUUUUGAAAGACCUAAAACACACAGGGCCUUGAUCUCAAUGUGGUGUUUUUUAUUCUAAAUAAAUGUACUAUGCAAAUUAAUAUCAUUGACUGCAAUUUAUUUGACAUCGUAAUUUUAUGAUACGAAACGUCCGUAAGUGAUUUCGUUUCUAAUAUCACGGAAGUAUUUUUUUUAUCUGCUUGUGAAAGCUUAUACAAGAGAACCGCUGGCGGUGUUUCAUUAUCAUAGAUUUUUAGUAAUCAAUUUUGUAAUAUAGAAUUCUUUAUACAUAUGGAAAUCGAUAAUAUGCAUGAAAAAUAUUUGUAAUUUGAUAAAAGUAAAAACUUGUAAAAAUAAAAGUAAUUGGAUGUUCUGUACUGUUAUGUCUAAUUAUACGAUAUGUACCCAAUGCAGUUAAAUUCUGGAACAAUAUGUACAGUCUAACAAAUAUUAGUUCAUAGUAUGUAUAUGAAAUUAUUUGUGGCGUUUAUAUAAUACUAAAAUACACUAUUGUUUGUCUUUGAAUCACCAAUCAAAUGCUAGCUCUAAAGACGUACACCACCCUGAUUAUAUGUGAA